AUGUCGCUUUUUCAGUCUCCUGGCGUGCUAUACCACGUAACAGCUUGGCUCACCAACUUCGAGCUGCUUUCGCUGCGAGCGCUGAACUGCAAUUUACGCGACGCAAUUCCAAAGUGUACGUGGGAACUUACGGCCAGCCGCAUCAGCAGCACCAACUCGAUGGUUCAGUUAUCCACGGUCUUCCCGCACGUGUGGCGUCUUCGAGUGCAAGAUGCGAUUUUGGAGGAGAUACCGACGAUGGAAUCCCUUGUGCCGUGGCUCCACAAUAGCUGGAGCUUACGAGAACUAGUGCUGACCAGAGUGACCUGCAUCAGCGGGUUUUACCUGCAUCUAUUGGCCGAAAAGCUCACCAAGGUCACCCUGUGCGAAUGCUACCAGGUGCAUGAACCCGCCAUCAUCGCGCCAAAUCUUCAAGCAUUGACUAUCAAGUAUUGUCCAAUGGCCAGUUUCCAUGCUGACACGCACUUACCUGAGCUAAAGAGUCUAUCGUUGUGCUCCCGGAACUUCACAGCACCCGAGGCGCGACAUUUGAUCCACGAGAUGCUGCAUGCAUCUCCUGUAUUGGAAUCCCUGAAUUUGUGUGGAUGUGCGCAGCUUGAAGAGGUACGGGUGGACCCAGGAGAGCUUCCGUGUCUGCGUCAACUUGAUGUCAGUAGCUGCGCGAAACUCACCCGCGUGCAGGUGACAUCUCAAGCGCUCGAGGUGCUCGAUUUGUCGCACAAUGACGAGUUGCAGUACUUGUUUCUAGACCUAAGACAUGCAGUGGACUUGGAUUUGUCUUUCCUCAAGGGUCUCACUCACUUGGACAUUCGCUGUCCAUCACUAGAGCGAUUGAAUCUCCGAGGCUGCAGCCGGCUGACCCAAACCAGUACAACCGUCAGCUGUCCGAGCCUACAGCGCGUCAUCUUGCACGGCACGUCACUAGUUCUCGACGACUUGAACAAACAGCACAACGUCAGCUACGACUAA